AUGAAUAGUCUAGAGAAGCUUGAGAAUCUCGUAAAAUUAAUAAAAAGUGAUAAUAACAAACCAUUAUCGAUAGAUUUUUCAGAUUCUAAUUUCCCAAGCAGAUCGACUAAAGAGUAUGAUAAUCACUCCUUGGUUUCAGCCAUGAUGAUUGCUCAAGCAAUCGGAUUGCAGGAUAAUUCUCUAUAUCAGGUAUUGAUCGUAAGUAUUGUGACUAGAAUUAAUGAAGAGCUUGAUUCUAAUUUCUUGGGAUACCAUUGUAAGGAAAAAUUCAGGAAUCUUAUUCGGGACUAUAAUACGAUAUAUGAAUAUAUGAAUGGAAGUCAAACAGCUCGAAGGAGUCAGGCAGGAGCUAGAUAUUUUGAUGAGUUCCACUCUCAUUUUUGGGAAAGACCUGAAGAUCCAUUCGAUAGAAUCCGUAAUAUGAAUAUUUUCAACCGCAGACGUAGUAGGAGAGGUUCUUCACUAGCACCUUCUAUUGAGGAGGUUGAGCAGGCACUAAGCCAGAGAUCAUCUAGCCAAAGAAAUGAUAAUACAGGAAAUUCAGCCGAAGGAGGUAGUAAUAUAACAACUUCAUCCGUUCAACAACCAUCUUAUGAAGCCAAUCAGCAAUCAUCUAAUAGUGCAGAUGAUGAGGUUACUUUGAGACCUGGUAAUAAUGUAGGACAAUGA